UGAUGACGUCACUGACCUGGAAACAGUCGGACGCAGCCGUGCACGUCUCUCUUGCUGACCUUUUUCUUAUCUUAUUAUGUGCUCUUUCUCAGGUUACACGGGAGUGCUUCUAUCACUGUAAGCCAUGAGCUCCUCCUCCUCCGUGCUGCGGCUCUCCUGCUCGGGGUUCAGACUCUGUUUGUCCUCCAUGUCUCGCUCCUCCUGCAUCCUUCCCUACACGUCCUCCUCCAUGCAUCUACCACGUGUCUCCCCCUGCAGACUCUCCUCCUCCGGAGGCAUCAAAGUGCGCUCCUAUCUGCAGUACGUGAAAAGAAAGAUCAUCCCGCCUCCUGCUCCCCCAUACAGCCAUGUCUGCCAGGUCGGGGACCCGGUGCUGCGUUCGCACGCCGCCGCUGUUGACCCCGCCGCCAUCACAGGCCCAGAAAUUCAGCGGGUCAUUGGCAGGCUGGUGAAAGUCAUGCGGAAGCUGGAGUGCGUGGGAUUGAGUGCACCUCAGAUUGGGGUCCCGCUCCGGAUCCUGGUUCUGGAAUAUCCCGAGGAGAUGCUGCAGGAGAGCUCGCCGGCAGCCCAGGAGCUCCGCGGCCUCUCCGCCCAGCCGCUCCGGGUCUUCAUCAACCCCAAGCUGAGGGUGCUGGACGGCCGCACCGUGCUGUUUCAGGAGGCCUGCGAGAGCAUCUCCGGCUUCUCCGCCACAGUGCCGCGCUUCCUGUCUGUGGAGGUGUCCGGUCUGAAUGAGAAAGGCGAGGCGGUGACGUGGCAGGCGAGUGGCUGGCCGGCUCGGAUCAUCCAGCACGAGAUGGACCACCUGGACGGCGUCCUCUACAUCGACCGCAUGGACAGCAAGACAUUCAUCAACGUUUGCUGGCAGGAGCACAAUGAAUGACGAGCAGCCGCAGCAUCCAGGAAACUCCCCACAUACAUCUUUAAAGAGCGUGGCCGGGGUCGGAGUCUCACGGUGGGAAGAGGAGCUUAACCCACACGUUUAACUCUGCAGCGAUGUGACUGCAGGAAGAACAGGCCAACUCCUGGAGGAAAAGAACCCUCCACUGUGCCACUGUGGAUAAACCUGUUUUCUGUGUUUAUGCAGAAAUGACAGGAACUGAGCCCCACCCCCCCACAAAAAAGAAUUUUUGAACAAAGACGGUGAUGAUAAAAAAAACCUCCAUUAACUGCAGGCUCGUUGUGGCUGUUUUCAUAAUCACCAGUUGUAUUUAGUUAAAGUUUAUUUGUUGAAUUGAUCAGUUUUGUCUGUUAAUUGUUCUUUUAUCAUGAAGGACUGGUGGAAGGAACAUUUGAAGACGCCAUGAAAUAAAAACAUUUCUUCCAUCUAUGUUCAUUUAUUUAUUGAAGUUUGUGAAAAAUUGUAAUUCGUAGAAAGUGGUGUCAACUAUCUGGGGGCGUGGCCUAACCCUGCCACCAUGC